GAGGGGAGAGUGAGAGUGAGCACCGGAGAGCCGGAGAACCGAGAAGAUGGCGGGGAAGAGCGGGGAGGAGAGGUUGAAGGAGAUGGAGGCGGAGAUGGCGCUGUUUGAGCAAGAAGUAUUGGGAGCGCCAGUCGCCCUGCCGCCGGGAGACGCCGUCCCGCUGCCCGUUCCGUUGGCCAUACCGACAGUGCCGGCGGUAGCGGCUGUUCCUGUUGUCCCCACCGUGUCGGCUCUUCCCGUUGCACGUCCCGUAAUAGCUACGAACACCUACAGCCAGGUGCAGCAGAGCCUGGACGCCAGAGCGGCCGCGGCAGCCAUUGUCGUGGGGCCCAUGAUGGUUCCUCCCAUGCCGUUUGUCGGACCAGCGAUUCCGCCCCCGAGGCCCCCAGUGAUGAGACCCAGUUUUAUCCCCCAUGCGUUGCAGCGACCGCUUGAUCCCCGACCAUCCUUCAUCCCCCACGUCCUGCAGCGAGCACCGGGCCCUCGGCAUCCAUGCAUGCCUCCUCCUCAGCCAUUGAUGUCUCAUCCAAUGCAUGGUCCUCCUCCGAUGAUGCCGCCUCCCCCUAUGGCGAUGCGCCCCGGCCCUCCGCCGCCACCGGUGGGCCCUCUGCCCCCCCCUCCUCCUCCUCGUCCGGUGGUUCAGUCGUCUCCUAAAAUGAACCCCUCGGUCAUCCAGGCUGCCCCCACAGUCUAUACGGUUCCUCCAGUACGGAAAGUCGAGGAGGAAGUACCGGAAAUCCCACCGGUAGCCGACAGCAAGGACCUGAGCUACGAGGAGACUGUGAUUGGACCCAGCAUGCCGGAGAUUGAGCCCGUACAGCCCGAGGUGGUGCCGGAGCCGGUCCAGGAGGACAAAAAGAAGUCAAAGCCGGAGAAGAUGAAGCGGUGCAUCCGAACUGCCGCCGGGACAAACUGGGAGGAUGCGAGCCUCCUGGAAUGGGACAAUGACGAUUUUCGAAUAUUCUGCGGAGACCUGGGGAACGAGGUGAACGACGACAUCCUCACGCGGGCCUUCAGCCGAUACCCUUCUUUCCUGAAAGCCAAGGUGAUCCGAGACAAGAGGACGGGAAAGACCAAAGGCUACGGCUUUGUCAGCUUCAAGGAUCCCAAUGACUAUGUCCGGGCCAUGAGGGAGAUGAACGGUAAAUACGUGGGCUCACGCCCCAUCAAGCUUAGGAAGAGUAUGUGGAAGGAUCGUAACAUCGAUGUGGUGCGCAAAAAACAGAAGGAAAGGAAGAAGCUCGGCCUGAGAUAGUCUGAGACUACAUGGGACUGUAAGAAUCCCGCAGGCCCGGCUCCCUCUGGCUGUUACCCACAAUCCCCUGCGCGGGCUGAGAUCUGGUUUA